GUCUUCAUCAUCGAUAAUUAUCCAUUCAUAUAUCGUCAAAAAUUUUUUUUCUCCAAAUCAAUCAAAUUAUCAAAUUGGACAAAUUCUACAAUAAUCCGUUAUAUUUGUAAUUUGGUGGGUGUGCGUGUUGUUUUGUGUGUGUGUGCGUUUUGUGUGUUUGAAAAUAAAAAAAAAGUGGUCGUGUAUUUUUCGAAUCUGUUUACGAAAAAAAUCUAUUUCCGGAUAUUAUUGAUCAUAAAUAGCUUUAAAGCAAUCAAGAUUCAUCAAUUUUGUUUGUGUGGUGGUGUUUUGAUCUUUGAAUUUUCUUUUUGAUUUUUGCAGCUUUUUUUGAAUAUCGUCGGAAAACCGAAAAAUUAAGAAAAAAAAAUGAGCGAAAACGAAGGUCCCGUUGUUACUGAUUCUGCUGGUACCAUUCAAGAUGAUAUGAUGGAUGGCGAUAACAAACAGUACAGUCGAUACAAUGAUCGUCGUGGUGGUGGCGGCGGUGGUGGCUUUUCACGUAACAACGGUAGUCGUUGUUACAAUUGUGGACAAUUUGGACAUUUGUCAUAUGAUUGCCGUAAACCACAGAUGAGUGGUGGUGGUGGUGGUGGCGGCGGAAAUGGAAUGAUGAGUUUCCGUUCACGAAACAAUCAACGUUGCUAUAAUUGUCAACGUGAAGGACAUAUUAGUCGCGAUUGUACACAACCACCAGGUGCUAAAACCUGUUACAAUUGUGGUAUGGAAGGUCAUCUUAGUCGUGAUUGUUCGGAACCACGUAAAGAACGUUCCAAGAGUUGUUUCAAUUGUAACGAAGUUGGUCACAUUGCUGCUCAAUGUCCAAAUCGUCAAUAGUGUGUGUGUAAAAAAAAACACAUCUUGAAGAAGAAUAAAAUGAAGAUGAUGAUAAUUUAAUAAUAAUAA